UAGCAAGCACACAGUUUUAUUCAGUUCGCUUGGGUAUAAAAGUAAGGGUGAGACCUGCCAGGAGGACAGAGCAGUGUAAACGGAAGAGCGUCCAAUAAUUAAAUAAAAAAAAAAUGACUACAUCCGGCAUGAGCAUGUGCAGGGCCGUCUUCUAUGAGGACAGGAACUUCCAGGGUCGCUCUUAUGAGUGCACAAGCGACUGUGCCGACAUGUCCCCCUACUUGAGCCGCUGUCACUCUUGCAGAGUGGAGAGCGGGUGCUUCAUGAUGUACGAUCGUCCCAACUACAUGGGAAAUCAGUAUUUCUUUAGAAGGGGCGAGUACGCUGACUACAUGUCUAUGUUUGGCAUGAGCGACUGCAUCAGAUCUUGCCGUAUGAUCCCUAUGCACAGGGGAGCCUUCAGAAUGAGGAUCUAUGAGAGGGAGAACUUCAUGGGUCAGAUGUACGAGAUGAUGGAUGAUUGUGACAGCAUCAUGGACCGUUACCGCAUGUCUCACUGCCAGUCCUGUCAUGUGAUGGACGGCCACUGGCUCAUGUAUGAGCAGCCCCACUACAGAGGCAGGAUGUGGUACUUCAGGCCUGGAGAGUACAGGAGCUUCAGCAAUAUGGGUGGCAUGAGAUUCAUGAGCAUGAGGCGCAUCAAUGAUUCCUUCUAUUAAAAAGUAAAUUGUAUUAAUGCAAGAAAAUUUGUGUUAUGUGACAAUAAAGCACUUCUGAACUA